AUGUCCGUCGCUAUCACCACAUCGUCGGCCUCACAACUCCUCCAUGAAGAGCCAAUUGCCUCCUCCAAUGCGUGCGGUGUGGGCCCGGAGCUCGACCAGGCCGUCGUGAGCUGCAUCCUCAAGCAGGAAGCCAUCUCCGUCACCCUCGACGGCCCGGCCAUCUUCAUCGUUUCCAUGACUCUGACCCUCAUCAUCCACUUCCUCGAGCCCAAGAUCGCCGAGACCCUCAUCGUCAUCGUUCCUAUCCUGCUGCUCGUGCGGAACGACUACCACAACUUCCUCGGCCUCGGACCGGGCGGCACGCCAUCUACGUUCCAAGGCUACGUCCGGAUAGCCUGGCUGCGGCUCUGGGCCCUGCGUGACCCCUUUACGGCGCCGGAGCCGAGGCCAAACACUCUCCCGAGGCGAGGCAUCCUUCGCCAAGAGGGAGGAGACCUCUCCCGCCUGCUCCCCUACCGCCCCGGUCCCCGACCCCACGUCGCCGGCAUCGCGCCGCAGAGGCAGCUAGACCAGCACGGCACGGUGCCGCAUUACCACGCCCUCCGUACGACGCUGAAGAAGCUCGCUGUUACGAAUCCAGCCCGCUUCGGCACCGCGCGGUCCUGUCUUGAGAAGCACGGUCUGGGGCUCUUUGCGCGGCAUCCCCUGAAUGUCUCGUGCAAUGGCGAGAUCUGCCACGUCCACGACUCGGACCAUAGCUUGCACAUGAACCUCCACCCGGAGGACAUUCGAGAGGUGCUGGCCAAAGGUUGGGGCCAGCGGCAUCCUCUGGCAUGGAAGGGGAGGUUGGUGAGGAUGCCUGUGCCGGAAGAGUUCGUCAUGGUGUAUGCACCGCGAGAUGAUCACGAAUUGAAGAUCGUUUGCAGAAUCAUUGAGGCGGCUAUAUGGUACGUCGUUUCCGAGAGAACAGAUAUUCAAGUCGAGCGGGCUGCUUGA